AUGUCUGAGCCCUAUAAAAAAUAAAAGAUAGACUCAUUUGAUUAUUAUGACCCACCAGAGAAUUACUAGCCUCCUGCGCAACAAUUGGAUUAGAGUAAAGUGAUUGAAGCCUAUAAAACUUUGAUUAUGCUGAAAAACCAUAUGUUUAAAGUGAAUCUUUUGCUAUCUCAUGAGGAGGAGAGUUCAACGAUAGCAGAAUUAAAAAAUAUCAAGGAUGAAUUGGUAUUAGCUAAAGAAGCACAAGAGAAGGAAAUAGCAUCUUUAUAAAAGACACAAGACAACUUAUUUAGUGUAAAUAGACUCAAUGGCGAGGAUAUUGAUAAAUUGGCUAAGGCAUACCAUGAAUAGGAUAGGAAAUGGUAUAAUGCAAAGCUUAUUUAAAUUGAUACUGAAGAAUAAGAAGCAGACAUCCAAUUCAUUGGGUAUUAGGAAGUAGUGAAAAUGCAUGCCAUUUUUAUUAAAGUUCAGCCUAUUCCAGAUAGUAAAUUAUUUACAGUCGGAUAAUAAUGUGAAGCAAUAUACUCUUCAGACGGGCGUUAUUAUUUGGGAACAAUCGAAAAAGUAACAGAGGAAGGGUAUCACAUAAGAUUUAAGAAAAAUUCAAAUAGAGAAAUUGUGCCUUUGAUUUACUUGAGGGAAGCUAAGAAGUAAUUGAAUGAUUCUAAAAAAAUGAAUUUUGAAGAAAUGGAUGAAUUUCAAGUUCCAGAAAAUUUGAAAUAUCUGCCUACUGAUAAUGAAUAAUAGAGAUAAGCUAAAAAGAAGAAAAUCAAGGCAAUGAAACAAACAUUUAAGUUAUCUAAAAUUACUAAAUAUGCUCAAGAGAAAUAAUCUUCUUGGCAAUCUUUCAGCUAGAAAAUUUCAACAAUAAAGCCAGAUCUAGGUCAGAAGGCAGAAAGCAUUUAUAGACAAAAAUGUGAUUAGUUGAAGGAAUGA